AUGGCGGAAGAAAUUACCAAGUCGAUGCCCAAGCUUCAGCUUGAUGAGGAGACCGGGGAGAUGGUCUCCAAGGCCGAGCUUAAGAAGCGUCAGCAGAAGCGAGCAAAAAAAGCAGCUCAAGAAAAGGCACGUCAAGAGAAAGCCGCAGCUGGUGGUUCAGAAACCAACAGACCAGCCCCCAAGCCUAAAACGGAGGAGCCAACCAUUGAUCCCCAAGCAAUGUUCAAGCUCGGUUUCCUCGAGGACGUAUACAAGGAGCGACCGUCUAAAGACGUUGUCACUCGAUUCCCCCCCGAACCUAACGGGUAUCUUCAUAUUGGACAUGCGAAGGCUAUUGCCGUGAACUUUGGGUUCGCCAAGUACCACGGGGGAGUGUGCUAUCUGAGAUACGACGACACCAACCCCGAGAAGGAGGAGGAAAGAUAUUUCGAAGCUAUUCAGGAGAUUGUCCAAUGGCUUGGAUUCGAGCCUUUCAAGAUUACAUACUCCAGUGAUAAUUUCCAAAAAUUGUACGACCUCGCAGAAGAACUCAUUAAGCAGGGGAAAGCUUAUGUCUGCUCCUGCAAUGACACCGAGAUCAAGGAUCAGCGAGGCGGAGAGAAAGGUGCCCACGAACGCUACCGAUGCGCACACGCCGACCAGAGCCCUGAAGAAAACCUUACCAAGUUCCGAGAUAUGCGUGAUGGCAAAUACAAGCCCCGAGAAGUCUUCUUGCGCAUGAAGCAAGAUAUCACUGAUGGGAACCCUCAGAUGUGGGACCUUGCUGCAUAUCGUAUUAAGACAGACACUCCUCACCACCGAACUGGUUGGGACUGGAAGAUCUACCCUACCUAUGAUUUCACCCACUGUCUCUGCGAUAGCUUCGAAGGGAUAACGCACUCUUUGUGCACAACUGAGUUCAUCCUCUCUAGAGUCUCCUACGAAUGGCUAAACAAAUCUCUCGGCGUGUAUGAGCCUAUGCAGAGGGAGUACGGCCGAUUGAACUUGACCGGUACCGUUUUAUCCAAGCGCAAGAUUCUCAAGCUAGUUGAAGAUGGUUAUGUUCGUGGAUGGGAUGAUCCACGAUUGUAUACAUUGAUUGCUAUCCGCCGUCGUGGAGUCCCUCCCGGUGCUAUCCUGGACUUUGUCAAUGAGCUUGGUGUGACCACCAGCACAACCACUAUUCAGAUCCACCGGUUUGAACAGACAAUCCGAAAGUACCUCGAAAAGACUGUGCCCAGAUUGAUGCUUAUUCUCGACCCAGUACCACUUGUCAUCGAGGAUGCUGAAGCUGUCGAUGUUGAGCUUCCCUUUUCCCCUAAGGACCCCAAGAUGGGUUCGCAUACUGUCCGCUUCACCCCGACCGUCUACAUUGACCGCUCAGAUUUCCGAGAAGUGGAUAGUAAAGACUACUACCGUCUUGCUCCCGGAAAGUCUGUUGGUUUACUAAAUGCGCCCUACCCUGUCAAGGCAACCUCAUUCACCAAGGAUGAGGCAACUGGCAAGAUUACGGAGAUCAGGGCUGUUUACGACCGUGAGGGCAAGAAGCCCAAGACCUUCAUCCAGUGGGUCGGUACCGAAGGCUCCAAGAAGGCCGAAGUACGCAUUCACAACCCCCUUUUCAAGUCAGAAAAACCCGAUGAUGCCGAGGGUGGCUUCUUGAAAGACAUCAACCCUGAGAGCGAGGUUAUCUACCCGGACGCAAUAAUUGAGUCAGGCUUUGACGAAGUUAAGAGAAGAGCACCUUGGCCUGAGGCAGCUGGCGAGAGUGAGCUUGGCAAAGGAGGACCUGAAAGUAUCCGGUUCCAAGGAAUGCGUGUUGCAUACUUUGCUGUCGACUCGGAUAGCACAGACGACAAGAUUGUCUUGAACCGAAUCGUCAGUUUGAAGGAGGAUGCUGGGAAGAACUGA